AUGGCAUAAGCUUAAAAUUAAAGUUAGAAAAAGGUGAAACCUAUCAGCAAUACUAGUUAUGUUAUUGAUUUCAGAGAAAAUCCUAUUGCUAAGGGUUCUUUUGGAUAGAUUAGGAGGGUUUAUGACUUAGAAAAUACUUAAAAAAAGCUUUGCUGCAAAAUAAUAUCUAUUAAAGAUUUUAAAAAUUUACAAUCAGCAUUAAAUGAACUGAGAAUAAUAGAGCAACUACCUUAAAACAAAAACUUGGUAAGUUUUGAAAAAAUAAAAUUUAACACAUAAGAAGAUAUGUAUUUUAUUAUGGAGUACUGCGAAGGAGGAAAUCUUUAAGAUUAUAUUUAUAAUAAUGACUAUCUCAGUGAAAUAGAGAUACAAGAUUUUUUAUAUCAAUUUGUUUCAGGUUACGCAGAUUUACACAGUCAUAACAUUUUGCAUAGAGAUUUAAAGCCUGAAAAUAUUUUAAUUCAUAAAAAGUAAUACAAAAUUGCUGAUUUUGGUCUCAGCACAAUUUUAGAGUUUAAAAACUAAAAAGUUGAGGGCCUAGGUAAUUUAUUAACUAGAGCGCCAGAGCUUUAUCCUAUGCAUUUGAGAGACUAGAUGUUUAAAGAUAAUAAGGAUUAUUCAAAGAUUGAUAUGUUUAGUUUAGGAGUAAUUCUUUACAAUUUAGCAUAUAAAGAAGAUAGCCAUCCUUAUGUUGGAACUAUUAGAUCACUCUUUGGCAAUAAUUUUUAAGGUGAUCAAAGUAUACACUUCUGUAAAUCUGUAAAUGCAUCGAAGCAAAUAGUAUUUCCUCCUUUUCCACCUCGCUCAGAAUAAUUAUAAAAUAUAAUCAAAAAAUUAUGCCAAAAAGAUGUUAACCAAAGAAUGAGCUUUGAUGAACUAAUAUAAUGCGACUAUAUUUUUGAUAUCAAGCCAGUACAAGAGAAUGAAUCUCAGUUAAAUAUCUUUGACUCAAAAAUUUAAAGUGAGAGUGACUCCAUUUUAAAGCUUACUUAAAGAUAAAGUUAUCGACAAACAAUUUAUCCAUAACCAGAAAUUCGUCUUAUUUCUCAAUUUUUUUAUGAAAUGGAUUUAUAAAAUAAUUUAAAUUAAUCAGAUAUCUAAAACAGUUCAAAAAGUAAAAUCUUAUUCGAUGAAAACGAUGAUUUAAAUUAAACCUCAAUAAAGAUUAUGAGUGAAAUAGAAGAAUAAGAACUACAAAAACAAUUAGAUUAAAUAGAAGAAGAAAAUAGGAGAAAUGAUAAAUAAAAUGAAGAAACCUUUGCAAUUUUUGAUAAGUGUUUAUAUUUAAGACAGAUUGUUUUUUUUUUUGAUAAAGUUUAGCUGCACUUAGACGCAUUUAUUAAGAUGCUUGAAAAAAAAAUCAAACCUCUUAAAAAAAUAUAAAAUAUUGACCUUUAUAUAAAAAUAUUCUAAGACCUGAGGAUUACAUGUGCUCUUGAAUCAAAUAAUAGAAACGAAACUAUUUAUAUGUAGUUAGAAAACUACUAUCCAAAAAGUAGUAUUUAUAAUUUCAAAUUAACUCCAGAAUGUGUAAAAUUCGAAUAGCUAAGAUGCCAAGAUGAAUAUUAAUUAAUCACAAUUAUAAAAUAAAUACAAUAAUAGAAUCAAUAAAAUAUAAAAUUAACUGAAAAUUUAACUUUAAAGGCUUUUUAUACAUUCUAAGAAAUAUUUGAACUGUUUGAAAACUUGGAUGAAUAGCAAUAUAAAUUUGAAAAAAAGCAAACACUCAUUAAUUAUUGGUAUAUCUAUCAGAUAAACCGAUUUUUAAAUUGUCUCUCUUUUUUUUGCAACUCUCCUUCUUUUGAAAAAAAUACAAAUAAAUUCCAUUAGUACUAUGAAUUAAUUGAUCACUAUUUAACUAUAGAUGAAUUAAGAUAUAAAAUAUUAGAAGCUGUCUAGUUAUUCAAUAUCCAUUGCAUAAUAAACAUAGAUUGA